CCCAAGUUGGGCUGGUCACUGGACCUCCUUUCCCUCAGUUUCUUCUCCAUUUUUUCCCUGCAGUUCUUUUAGACAGGAACAAUUCUGGGUCAGAGUUUUUGAGUGUGGGAUAGCAACCGUAUCCCUUCAUUUGACCCUGUCUUUCUACUGGACAUAGACUCUACAGGUUCCCUCUCCUCACUGUUGGGCAUUUCCUCUCAAGUCUGUCCCUUGGAGUGCUGAGAUUCUCUCACCUCCCAGGUCUCUAGUAUAUUCUAGAGGGUUCCCUCCACCUCUCACCUCCCACCUCCCAGGUCUCUAGUAUAUUCUAGAGGGUUCCCCCACCUCUCACCUCCCACCUCCCAGGUCUCUAGUAUAUUCUAGAGGGUUCCCCCACCUCUCACUUCCCAUCUCCCAAGGUUGUAUGCUAGACUUUUCUACAAUGCUACCUUUACUUUUUAGAUCCAGAAGACUGUUCUGUGACUAGUGUCUAUAUUGUUUCUUUUGUGGUUGCUUUUUAUAUUGCUCUUGAACACUGUUAGAGAUUGUGGCCUAUAUCUGCCUUUCCAAGAGAAAGUACCUAGCUUACCAGAUGCCCUUAGUGGGAAAAAUAAAGAAUAGCACAACACAGGCUACCUUGCUUUUUUCUGUCUGAAUUUAGCAUCAUUCUUGGCUGGCACUGAUAAUUUAACUGGAUUUUAAGAAGAUUAUUGCAUUGAUGAUACUACUAGAAAUCUAGGGCUUCUCUUAGACUCUAGUUUUACUGGCACACCGUUUGCACACAUACAAAACAACAACAACAGAAAAAAAAAAUCCGAAAACUGGUGUCUUUGAUUUGAAUAGAUUCACACAGUAUACCCUGGUCAUAUCAUCUGCACCCAAGUCUCUAUUGAUCUUCCCACCUGCCGUCCCCUCCUUUCCACCACAUCUUCCAGAUAGUCUCACUUGUGCCUUCAUCUCAUGCACUUUUUAAAACAUUCAUUUCCUUUCACUUUAAACAUAUGAGUGUUUACCUACAUGCAUGUAUGUGCACCAUGUGCAUACCCUAGAACUGGAAAUAUGCACAGUUGUAAACACCCGUGCACAUGCUGGGAACCAAUCCUGAUCCUCUGCAAAAACAGCAAGUGCUUUUGAAGCAGUGAGCCAUGUUUCCAGUUCCUCAUUUUGUACAAACCCUUUUCUACAUGGAUCAUGAAGCCCUUCCUAAGAGGUGCAUUUAGAAAAAAUGAAGUGAUUCCUUUCUCAAUGAAAUAGCUGACCAACAGUAUGACAUUAAGUUAAUGAUGUUCACCCUCACAAACUAUUGUAUUUUUUUUUCACUUAACUUAUUAUCCUCAGAACAGUGUGGAUAGCUCAGGCAGGCAUUAACACAUUGUUUGGCAUAUACAUACAAAAUACAUGUGUCACUAUCCUGUGUCUCCUAGCUGGAAAGCAACUACAUCAAACACCAGCAAAUCGUUUAAAGCAGCAAAUGUAUCUGAAAGUUCAGGUGAGAAGGAGAUGAUGUGUCUCAGCAUACAUAGGCAAGACCUUCCCCAAAAGGUAAGCCCCAUCCUAUAAGGGAAUUUAUUUCCAAAUCAUCUUCCACCAUUUCCAAAUUCUCAAUACCAGUGGAUCCUAGUAGUUAUAAUUGCCUUCUCAGAAUAAGAGAGAUUUAAAUAAAACUCAAGAAUACAAAUACUCAUGUAAAUCCAUUUAAAUGCAUUUACAUUUCCAGUUAGAGCAUCCAUUUCAGAGCACUACCAUUAGUUCCAAAGACUAAUAAUAGAAAGCAACUUCCCCUUGGGUAAGUGUGGCUGAACUGGGCUUCUAUCAGUUUAGCUUCUCUUCUCCCUCCUUCAGAUGCUAAAUACCUAGGAACCUGUGCUUCACAUCCUUCCUCUGUGAUUCCUAUGGAUAAGCAUGGCCUGGUUCUUACUUUAUAAUCUAGUCACUUAGGAAGAGUCCCACAUUUGCUGAAGGUGACAGUUUUGACUUUCGAACUCUACAGUCCAUGUAGUACUGUUAUCUGGGACAUUUCCACCUGCUGCUUUUUCUUAUCUCUGUUAUGCCAACCAUGUUCCUUCUUCUUUCCUCUGAUCACACUAUUCCCAUGGUGCAUUAAACAUUUAAAGAGAUACCAAAAUCUUAGGUCUAUAAGUUCAGUUCACUUUGUAGUCCCUCCCCUCCACCCCAUAUGCAAAAAACAGGAUAUGUGCACAUUAGCAAGUGAGAGUAACUGAAUAUAAAGAAAGCCUUAAUUGAGAACACCCAAAUUAAUUUUAAAACUCAUCAAGCUAAUAUAGCCUCAUUUUUAAAUUUAAUGUUUUUAGCCACUCUGUUUUAACUCGUGUAAUAUAAUAAAGCUUAGUUCAAAUGCAUUUGAACUCAUCAGUUUUUUUUCCAACUCACUGAAAUAUUUCUAUUCAGCUAUUGUUUUUAAACAACUAAUGAAUCUUUUAUCUCUGCAAGUGAGACAUCUUUUUCUAUACAGAUCUUAAUAUAUAAUUGCCCUGUCUCUCUUUUAUCUCUCUUUGUGUUCCACCUUAGCAAACACUGGUUACUUUGUGAAUUAUGGGUUGGGGGAGCAUACAUAUAUAUGUGGAAAGAAUAGCUAUCAAUAGUUAUUCUUUAAUGAAAUUCCUCACAUUGUAAGCUGGCUUUUAGAGGCUGUCAUCCACUCUGAGGCAAACUGGGAGUCUUUUCAGCACUGGUGCCUCGGAGGUUGGUUCAUUUAUUUAAAAUUUGUUUUCCUAGCAACACAAAAAUAAAUGAAUAAAUAAUAAACAGAUUUUUUUCUUUGUACUGUGUGCCAGGUAUAGUUCUGAUGCCAGGGAUCUCGCAGUGAAUGAGUCAAGGAUCCUACCUUUAGCCCAUACUUAUUACAUAAUUUGAUAAUCUUCAGAUAAAUCAGAUACUCAGCCUGCAGAUAUGGCAGUAGAUUUGCCGAUUCACAACUUCAAGGCCAUAUCUACGAUUUCACUUUGUGUAGUUUUGAUUCUGAUUUCUCCUCAAGGUAUUCCCCUCACUGAGAAAGGGUUAUCUGAUAAGUUCCUUGUUGAAAUAUAACAGAUGAAAGAUGAGAAGCUCCUGAGGGCAAGCUUCUUGUUGUCUCAUUGGCAUCAUGUUACUUUAUUAGCAGCAUAAAGUUCACCAUUCAGCAAAAAGAUUAUUGUAUAUUGUAUUAGUCAGGGUUCUCUCAUGUUCUAGACUUCCUGACUCUUCCAUGAAUGUCCUUAAACUGAAGAGACAGAGACAUAAAAGAUUUGUUGCUAUCCACUCCAAUGAUGAAGUAAAAACCUGAUCAAGUAUGGCAGAAGCAAUCCAGGCCUCUUUUCUGCCUGGGCAAGGGUCUCCAGGAGUGGAUCUCUACCAGAGUCUCAUGGCUGACAGGAAGUGUGCAGCAGGCCUCUUUUAUUCUCUGAGUUCUUUGUGUGUGCCAGAUACUACUGUAGACACAGCAGUAGAGAAUCAGACAAUGGACACAUAGACAAAUAUUUAUUAGAUAGCAGUAUAUGCUAAGCACAAAGUAAAAUAUGUAAAAUACAGUUACAAGGACGGUCGUUUGCAAAGAGUGGUGAGAGGUGUCCUUUUCUCGUGGUACUGUCUGAACACACGCCUAAACAGUAAUGAGACAAAGAGGCAGGGAGAUUAUUUCAGGCAGGAACAGGGGCACACGGGGACAAAUGAUAUUUAUGAGAAAACAACAGGUUUUCUUCUUGACCCUGAGUGAAGACUAGGGAGAGUAUGUAAUGAGGCUGAAUUGGGUAGUGUAAAGCUCUGUGAGCAUCCCUCCAUGUCUCCUGAGAAAAUGGGGGGCUGGCUUUGGAAGAUGUUUGAAGAGUAAAGUGAUACCAUUAGGUUUUCUGUGGUUACUUUUGGAUUAAGUUUGGAUUGCUUUGAUGUGAUUUUGGAAGGUUAUCUAUAGUAGCAAUAUGAAAGAUGAACCUAAAAGAGAAGCAGAAGAAGAUCCUGCAGCCUAAGUUAAAUAAGUAAGGGAAGGCAUGGCCAAGGCAGCAAGAUCUAGUGUUUUGAAAGGUGUAGUGUACAGGGGCUGAUGCCAUAUUGAUAUGAGAAAACUGAAGAUCAGCUGGUGUCUGAGUGAUGGUAAUGUCAUGAGCCCUGUGGCUUCUGGAGAAAAGACACAAAACUAGUGUAAUUUGGGCCAGCAGAAAUACAGAUAAGGAAGUCAGAAAACCAGUCAGAGAAUACUUGGCUGAUGCUUGCACAUACAUUUUUGAAGAAAGAACAAAAGUAAAACUUAUACUUGCAGAUACUGCAGAGAACACUAGUAGAAUAUAGAUUUUUAUAAUCCUUUAGAUUUGAUAGAUGGAAGACAAGAAGACCAUUUUAAGUAGAGACAGAGCUGUAUUGUAGUUGGCUUAAAGAAUUAUAAAGCAUGGGGCUGAGAUCUUCCAGUCACUUCAUCAUCUUCUUUAGAAGCUUUGGACAUGAUGUUAGAUCUUUCUGCUCUUCAUUUUUCCUACUUGGGGCCUAGAGCUAUAAGCCUGAGCUAGGGCAUUAAUAAGAUCUUUGUAUCUCUGGAGGGAAAGAGGCCUUGGAUAGAAAAACUUGAUGUUGCUGAGUUGCUUUGUACAAGGGUCAUUCUCAGUGCACAACGGCAGGUCGUGUCAGACCAGAAGUCAUGUUUCCAAGGGGGAAAAGAUGACAGAGUUUGUUUUCUACUGAGUGAGGAAGCUUGGAAUGGGAAGCAGGGUUAGAAUGCAUAUUUGCAGGAAUGGUGGGAGACACAUUAAUUUCAUCCAGAAGUUCUGCCAGUGAAGGAGUGGAGUGUGGUGGUACAGUGUGAGAAUAUGUCUAGAAUCUGACUCAGAAAACUGACCCUAGUUAAAACUGAAGCUUGUGUGUGUAAAGUUCUUCAGGAAUAGGGACUGGGGGUAUGCACAGGAUGUACUCUUAUCAUGAAGAUUAUAGAGAUGGAGUAGUUAAUGGAUGAACAGAUACUGUCAACAAUGCUUGAAAUAUAGAUGGCUAGUUGGUGUUCAUGAAUCCAAGAUGGUGGUUCAAAGGGCAUGAGCGGAAGGAAGGGGACACCUGAGUUUUUGAGAGCUUAAAGUCGAUGCUUGGGUCCCACUCAAGGAUCAGAUCCAGGUAGUGCAUGAGUUAGGAGUUGAAAACAACGGUCAGGACAAGAGGCUCCGUGUUUUCAAGCCUGGGGACUGAAUGAGUUACCUCAGUCUCCAAACCCCAGCUUCCAAACCCCAGCUUCCAAACCCACUUUGUUCCAGUGUCUUGCUUGCAAUGUUGUCUCCGCCCACUGGGGGGCGGGGCUCGAGGGCGAGGCUAGUGGCUGUUCAGAAGCCUCGAGAGCCAUCAGUUCCUACCAGACUCUUGCUGGGGGUCCCAUCCACCCCAUGGCCGGGCGCAGGUCUUCAAACGUCUUCCCUCUCCCUGGCAAUAGUGGCGGUGGCCUGGAAGGGCCAGUUCCCGUGCGAGUUGACACCCCAACAUGGUUGAGCAGCCAGGCAGCCACAAGCAGGUUAAUGGUGCGGCCAGGUAUGGGGCCAGGCAUCUGUCCAGGCCCUGAGGUGUGGGGAGUGCCUCUGGGCCCCUCACCUUAUGAAUUCCGAGGUGGGAUAGCACCCUACGGAGCUUGUGAGACAAGGGCCUGGUCCCAGAGUUCUUCUGAGGACACCUGCCCAGGACCCUACAUCGCCUUGAGGUACAUGCCAAAUUUGGCACUGCCAGAGGACGUUUCAGCCAUACAGAAAGAAAUGGAGCAGCUGGCCAAGGAACUGAGACAGAAGAGGAUGACCCUGGGGUACUCACAGGCCGAUGUGGGAUUCGCUGUGGGAGCUAUGUUUGGGAAGGUUCUCAGCCAGACGACCAUAUGCCGCUUCGAGGCCCAGCAGCUCAGCCUUGCCAACAUGUGGAAGCUGCGACCUCUGCUGAAAAUGUGGUUAGAGGAAGUAGAUGAGAAGAACCUUCUGGGCAUAUGCAGAAUGGAGAUGAUCCUGCAACAGGCCCGGAAGCGGAGACGUGCAAGCAGAGAGAGACGCAUUGGGAGCAAUCUGGAAAAACUGUUCUUGCAGUGUCCAGAGCCCACGCCCCAGCAAAUCAGCUAUAUUGCUGGCCGCCUCCGGCUGCAGAAGGACCUGGUCCAAGUGUGGUUUUCUAACCGGAGCCAGAUGGGCAGUUGGCCAACCAGUGAUACCUCCCGGAGGGAGAAUGUGGGGGCAACUGGGCCUCCUUUCCCAGGACCACCAGUGUGCUUUCCCCUGGCACCAGGGCUCCAUUUUGAUUUCCCCCACUAUGGGGGGUCAUGUCUUACACCCCUGUACUCCACUACCCCAUUUCCUGUACGAGGAGCCCUUUUGUCUGCCCCAACCACCACUCUGGGCCUCCCCAGGCUGUCAAGCUGAGGGGCCUACCGUGCAGGGGAAUGAGAGAAUAGAGAGAAGGGGGUUUUGUUUGAGCAUUAGUUCAGUUCUCUGACUUAGCGGGUGUGGGUGGGAGGUGUUUGCAGAAGGCUUGGGAGGGAAGUUAAAGCUUAGCACUUGCUUCUUUUUGUUUUUACCUUUGUUUGUCCCUGGUGUUGGCAUUACAAUAUAUUUAUGGCUUUAACGUUUUGUUUCUCUUUUUAUUAUUAAUUAAAGAUGUCCAUUGUUCCUUAUUGCUAGCAGGAAA